AUGAGCGACGACAUAGUUCCCACUCCUAUUUUGGGAGGGGCCACGGAAAUUAAGAGACAAAAGAAGAAGAAAGUGCUUCUGAUGGGCAAAUCGGGGUCAGGAAAAAGCUCAAUGAGAAGUAUAAUUUUCAGCAAUUACGUUGCCAAAGACACCAGACGUCUAGGAGCUACAAUUGAUGUAGAUCUCAGCAACAUUAAAUUUCUGGGGAACCUAACAUUGAACCUAUGGGAUUGCGGAGGACAAGAUGCCUUCAUGGAAAAUUACCUCUCGCAGCAACGUCAACACGUUUUCUCUAAUGUUGGUGUCCUGAUUUAUGUUUUUGACGUUGAGUCUCGGGACUUUGAUCGAGAUCUUCUUACAUACCGCUCCAUUAUUACAGCCCUAGCACAAUUUUCACAAACAGCUAGUAUUUACAUUCUGAUACAUAAAAUGGAUCUCGUCGUUCCAAACCAGCGCGAAAAUAUUUAUGCAGAUCGUGUCUCUCUAAUUCGCUCUAAAUCUGAUUCUUUCUCUCCAACUCCUUUUGCAACCUCUAUAUGGGAUCAGUCGCUUUAUAAAGCUUGGGCAGAGAUUAUACAUGACUUAGUGCCAAAUCUGGACCAGAUUGAGCGGCAUUUAGGUACUCUUGGUAAGCUGAUAAUGGCUGAAGAGGUACUUCUUUUCGAACGGUCUUCUUUUCUUGUCGUCUCAAGCUGGCUUUCUGACAUUGGGCUCGAGAAUCCCACCGCUGAUCGCUACGAGCGCCUCUCGAAUAUCAUCAAAAAUUUUAAACAGACUACUAGUAGAUAUACAGGUACACCGAAGAGCGCCGAGCAAUUUGUCCUGAUGGAUGUAAAACUCCUCAGUUUUUCGAUGUUUAUGACCAAGUUUACAACCAACACAUACCUAGCAGUACUUCUAGCCCCAGGCGAAGAAACAUUUAAUAGCGCUGUGGAGAACUGUCAUCUCGCACGAAGAGAGUUUGAAAGUCUAGAUAGUCCUGCCAAGAAAAGUGCAAAUCGUGGUAUGACAAGCGGCAUAUCCUAG